AAAAUUACCAAAUAAGAAGGUCAAGGAGCGGCUUAGUGUACAUGAAUAUUAUAUCAAUUAAUAAAUAAAAAGACAUGCCUAGUAACUAAUUUAUUAUAUUUUGACUAGUUUUAAGUUAUCCUAUUUUGCCUAUAACAAAAAAAUAGAAAAAAACUUUAUCCUAUUUUGAAAUUAAAAAUUGAUGCGCGCAUAGAUUCUUUUCUGAAUUAGUCUACAAGCACAAAAAGCUAAAACACAUUAAUUAAUUAAAAUAUUUAUUGGACAACCAAGCUAACGGCAGGAGAAUCUCGAGGCUUGCCUAUUCCAAAAUGCCUAAUCUGUCUUCUUAUAUGAAUUUGAUUCUACUUAUAAUGCUCAUUCUCAACAAUCAUCUAUUCUAUGCCAACAAAAACACCAUUUAAAUUUUAAUCAAACGAAAAGAACAAAUAUGGUGAGUGGUGAACUUUCCUCUGAGCUAGAAAUCAAGGCACCAGCCAGCCAAGUUUGGGAGCUCUAUGGGACUCUUCGUAUAGCAAAGCUCGUCGAAGAACAACUCAAAACUGUUAUCGAAAAAAUCGAUAUAGUUGAAGGCAAUGGCGGUGUUGGAACAAUUGUCCACCUCAAUUUUGUCCCUGGCGCGACGAGGUUCAAGAGUUACAAGGAGAAGUUCACCAAGGUAGACAACGAGCUGCGAGUGAAGGAAGCCGAUGUGAUGGAAGGAGGAUACCUUGAGUUGGGCUUCACACUUUAUCGAGUUCGAUUCGAGAUCAUCGAGAAAGAUGAAGGUUGUUCCAUCAUUAAGUCCACCAUUGAAUAUGAACUCAAGGAUGAGUAUGCUGAAAAUGUUUCCCUUGUGUCUCUUGAUGCCCUUGCAGCAAUUGCUCUUAUUGCACAAAAUCAUCUUACUAAGACUUAAAAAAAAAAAACAUUAGACAAUGUUUCCCUUGUCUCCAACUUCUCCUUUUCGUGUUAUUUGAGGAACAAUAAUGUUAUAUGUUUUUUAUGGACUCCACACAUUAGAUAUAUAACUUUGCUAUACAUAUAAUGUUAUAUGUUUAUAACGCUA